UUAACUAAGUUAAUUAGUUAAUGAAGCUUCCUGUUCCCCCAAUAAUGUCGCAUCCCAGCUAGCCUAGCCUCGGCAAGCGUGGCUGCAUGCUCGCUCUGUCCCAGCUUCCCCAUAUUCACAUGUUCGAGGGAAGCUUCGGAGGUUAACAAAAAAGAAAGACAAGCAAGAUUAAUCAGAAUCGAACCCUUUUCCCAACGGAAAAAAAGAAUAUAUAACUACUAAUAACUAUCAGGGACUGGUGAGGUGGUGCCACUGCUCCGAAAUCCUUUCUUUGUUUUUUUUUAAUCUUCGUUUCAUCUUCAUCUUCUUUCUUCCCAUCUCAUCCCUCCAUACAGACAACAAACAACCUCAUCUCACUUCUCUCCUUGAAAAACUGAAAAAAAGACCACAUUACAACAUUCACAAAAUGUCUCUCGCAAACCCCGCCUUCCCCUCUUCCGCGGCCUUCGACGCCAUCAAUGCUGCCAUCAACUCCAACCCAGCCGACCGCGAAGAUGCCAUCAAAUCCGCCAAUUCCAUCUUCUCCUUCGCCCUCACAAACGACAAGGGUGAGACCGAGAGCUGGUACCUCGACCUGAAAGACAAAGGUGUCGUCGGCAAGGGUGCCGCGCCUGCUGGCGGCAAGGCUGAUGUCACCCUCCAACUCUCCGAUGCCGACUUUGCCUCCCUCGUCAGCGGCAAGGCGAAUGCCCAGCGUCUCUUUAUGGGCGGCAAGCUGAAGAUCAAGGGCAAUGUCAUGAAGGCGACGAAGAUGGAGCCUAUCCUCAAGAAGGCACAAGGCAAGGCUAAGCUGUAGAGGGUGUGUGUGUGUUGGCAAUUUUUGAUAUGUUUUUUUUUUUUUCUUUUUUUUUUUUUUUUUUUUUUUUUUUUUUUUUUUUUUUUUU